GUUUUCUCACGGCACAACCCCCCACCAUCUACAGACAUAAUCUCUCUCUUACCCCUCCACACUUUUCCUCCCCAUAUAUACCCCUCCAUCCCCUCUCUUACCCCCAGCCUUGGUUCUUCUUCUUCCGCCACCACUUUCUGACCUCUUACUCCUAUACCCCGAUCUUCCAUCUCCCCUUCACUUUCUCACCAUGUCAUCCGCCGUGUUGGACGAAGCCACGCGGAUUGCCCGCGAAUUCGAUUACCCCGCCGCGGAGGUCCAGCGCGGGGUGAAGGAAUACAUUCGCGAAAUGGACGAGGGUCUCAGACAGGAACAUACCACCCUGAGCCAGAUUCCUACCUUCGUGACUUCGGUCCCCAAUGGCACUGAAAAGGGCCUCUACUUGGCCGUGGAUCUUGGUGGCACAAAUUUCCGCGUGUGCUCGAUCGACCUCCAUGGCGACACCACUUUCUCCUUGACCCAGUCCAAGAUCAUGAUUCCUCGUGAACUGAUGGCCUCGGGCUCGUCCAAGGAUCUUUUCCUCUUCUUGGCGCGCCAGAUCGAGGCUUUCCUGCGCAUUCAUCACAACGAGCAUUUCGAAGCCCACCUGCAACGUCGACGGGAGGGAAGCGGCGAGGAGGAGCUGUUCGACCUGGGUUUCACGUUCAGUUUCCCCGUGCGCCAAAUGGGAAUCAACAAGGGCACCCUGAUUCGCUGGACGAAGGGGUUCAACAUCCCCGACGCCGUUGGCCAUGAUGUAUGCGCCUUGCUGCAGGGUGCCAUUGACGAGCUGGAGCUUCCCGUGCGCGUGGCGGCUCUGGUGAACGACACGGUGGGAACGCUGAUGGCUCGUUCAUACACCUCGCCUGGUGAAACGGGAACUUUCCUGGGUGCGAUCUUUGGCACGGGCACCAACGGUGCUUACCUGGAGAAGCUCGACAGAAUCCCUAAGAUGCAGACGAUCGAGCAUUCCGAUUACGACAAGUCCACGGGAGAGAUGAUUAUCAACGCCGAAUGGGGCAGCUUUGAUAACCAUCUCAGUGUGUUGCCGAACACCCUGUACGACCAGCAGCUUGAUGCCGACAGUAACAACCCCGGCGUCCAGAUGUUCGAGAAGCGUGUCUCCGGAAUGUUCCUGGGCGAGAUUCUGCGACGGGCUCUGCUUGAUAUGCACAACAACAAGGGUCUCUUCAAGCCCGGCCAGUCCUCCGACGUCCUUGUUCCCGAGAACUCCACGCUUUUCAGACAGUGGGGUCUCGACACUAGUCUCUUGAGCACGGUGGAAGCCGACAAGACCCAGACUCUGGAGCAGACCAAGACGGCCCUGAAAGACCACUUGAAGAUCGAGCAAGCCAGCACCACUGAUUGCAAGGCCGUUCAGACGCUUGUGCAUGCCAUUGGCAAGCGUGCCGCUCGUCUCAGCGCUGUGCCCCUGGCGGCUGUCCUGAUCGCUACCGGUAAACUGCAGACCGAUGACCUGGUCGACGUUGGUGUCGACGGAAGUCUGGUCGAAUUCUAUCCUAACUUCGAGGGAUACAUGCGCGAUGCCUUGCGCGAGGUACCGGAAGUCGGUCCUGCCGGCGAUAAGAAGGUGCGCAUCGGUAUCUCUAAGGAUGGCAGUGGAGUCGGAGCCGCCUUGAUCGCCCUCGUGGCUAGCAAGGAGGAGGCGCGCAUGAAGAAGGCCAAAUAAAGGUCAACUACUCGAAGGAUACGCUGAUACGAUUUUAUUUCUUUGUACCUUUUGAUGGUAUUCUUUCUUCCGUCUUCUGCUUUUUUUCGAUCGGGUUUGUUGCGAAGGACCCCUGGUGGGCUCGGAUGAGACCAAACCAGUAGGGGGCAACAUUCGAGCAUGGGUCUGGUGUUUGUGAAUGUCACUGGGAGAAAAUGAUAUGUAUAAAUAUCUUUAUGUCAUUUGGUAUUGGCGUUGCAAGUAAUUUUCCGUUAGGAGAUAUCCGAUGGCCGGAAUACAUCAAGUCGUUGAAUGGAUUUCCGUUUUUG